AUGAUCCUACAUGUUGCCAUUAGAUUUGUCUCCUACAUCUACAUCAAUCCCUUCACAAGUAACACUAGGUUUUCUGGAGGUUAUUUUAAUUUUACGAGGAUCACUAAAAGAUACUCUUUUAUCUUUAUCUCUAGUAUUAAGGAGAUCAUCAACUAUCAUAUUUAGGGCAGGUUGCCAUUUAACAUGAGAGUCUCUUGCCACUGUGCUCAAGGUUACCUUUCAAAAAGCAUGAGAGCACUUGUUUUUUAUCAUGUUCAGCUUCAUCAAUCACCAAGCAUUAGAUCAUGAAACACAUGUUGCAAACAAGUGUGCUCAAUAUGUUUGUUGUGAAGUAUGGUGUGUCUUGUUGCUAUCCACUAGUAGAACCUUGUGGCUUGCUGAAAUUCACUAGACAAGAAAAAAUUAAUAAGGGAAAGAUAAGAUAGAUUAAUACUUUUCAUCUAAUGCCUUCAUCUAUAUUCCUAUCCACCAUCUACAAAUAAAUUUAAUAGGAGGUGAAUCUACAUCUUCUAAUUUGAACCUACAAAUGACAUCCACAAAAUAGAUAGAGCACAAUUUUACAACAUGGGCUGUGACAACUAAACUAUAUAUUGGAUCUUGAGACAAAAUUGAAUAUAUUUGCAGUUUUACCUAAUUAAUUAAAUAUUACAAAUCCAAAGUAUAAAGUUUGAUUUCAUAAAAAUAACAGUCAUGUUAUGGAUUUUGAAUUUGAUAAGGCCUUAAAUUCUUUACAUUAUUUUGUACAAACAUAUAGCUAAUGAUACAUGGAAAAUGCUAGAAGAAAUAUAUGACCAUCAACUAGUCAUUGUGAGAUGCUAUCAACGAAGCCAGAACAUGAACUCAAAUAGGGAUAGUAACUAUCAUAAAUUAUUGGACAACAUUAAAAAGUUGAUUGAUCAAAAAUUGUUGUUAUUAAGAUCAUCAAUCUUACAUUUAUAAACUGAUUUUUAGAGGUUAGUUUUAUUAGAAAAUUAGUGAAAAACUAAGUCGAACUCAGAGAGGAUUUGAAAUCAUGACAUCUGCUCCAGUACUUUGUUAAUUCUAGUAGUGAUGUUCACUAUAUGCUUCAUCAAGGAGGACGAAUUCAGCCAAUGCUGAUUUAUGUUGCCCAAUAAUCUUCAUGAAUCACAAAAGCCACAUAUUAAAUCAGAUCCUUCAAUGAAUUGAUAGAAUCAAUUCUUUGAACUGGAAAAAGGCGUAGGACUCAUGAAAAUAGAAAUUACAUUAAACUGAAAUCAGAAUUUUCUUACAACAUGAGAAGUAAAAUGAAAAUAGAAAUAAACUUCUAACUAAACUUCUAACUACUCCCUCUUAAUCUGACAUCCGUGGGGAGAAACAACGCCACACACAGGUGGAAAGCUUGAUGGACCUUGGCCUGCUGUGCCAACAAGGGUGGUCUUCACAGCUUGGUUGCUCCAUGGCUUCUUGUGCGAAGACCUUGAGCGACUUUCAACUUGAAUCCACUAGUUGUGUCACUCAUCAGUGAGAAGGGGGAGGAGAUGAUGGAGGUCCAUCGAGCUUGUAGGUGGCACCAAAAAGGGAGGGAUGAGAUGGCCAGCUCAAGAUAGGAACUGCACCUUGUGUUGAGAGGGGAGAGAAAUCAAAAAGUCCCCACAAAUGUCAUGCCCUCUUUUGCUUAAUACAUCAAUUCAUUUCUACUUUCCAUAUUUGCCCCUGCAACCAUGGAUAUUAACAACCAAGUAUAUAAGUAUUAAAGAAAGAAUUAUGAAAUUAAAUUCAUACCAGAUUUUGAAAGAUAAAAAUAGAGGGCAACCACUGAUCACCUAACAUUGUAUUGCACAUAAGUAUUAAUGUAUUUGUGUCAUUUUCGUGCAUACUUUAUGCUCUAUUAUUGAAUUUGCACUUGUGGUGAUAAUAAUCUAGCAAGUUAUCAAAAGCCUAUGAAAUGAGUUAAAUUCUUCUCAUACAGGGGACUGGUCAUGUAUAGAGAUAAAAAAUGACAUAUGAGAUAUCUCCAAAAAUAUAGAAUCUUCAAGUUUCUUAUAGGCCUAAACAAUCAAUUUGAAGUAUUAAGAGGUUAAAUUGUAAACUUGAACCCUAUUCUGUCACUUGAACAAGUGUAUUAUAAGGUGUUGAGUGAACAAAGGAGAAGAUUAUUGUUGAAUAAUCCCAAGUCUAUAAAUUCUGAAGUGAGGGGCACUCAACUUUAA